UUGUUCUACUUUGUGAUGAGUCAAAUUCCGUUGACGCCAACCUCGUUGGCUUCACCGACACCUCUGAACACACUGAUUUACAUGCAAGCGGAUGGUCUUGUUUCACCUACCAAGGAGGAUAUUUCGACUAUUUUUGUGGUCGGCUUUCCUGAGGACAUGCAAGAAAGGGAAUUUCAAAACAUGUUUAUGUUCUCUCCCGGUUUUGAAGCGGCUACCUUAAAAGUGCCUAAUGGCAAAGAUGAAGAGGAUUGCCUCAUGAACAACGGACGAAAGCAAAUAAUUGGAUUUGCUAAAUUCCGUACACGUAAAGAAGCAAUGGAUGCGAGGGAUAUAUUGAAUGGGCGCAAAGUGGACUCAGAAAAGAACAGUCUUUUAAAGGCAGAAAUGGCCAAGAAGAAUCUACACACGAAGCGAGGAUUGAAUGAACAGCAAAGAACAACAGCCUAUGAAGCAUUUUAUUCUGUGCCACAAUCACUUCAAUCUCCUAAUGAAUUCGAUUUUUAUGAAUCGACUUUUAUUUCUCGCUCCCAAAGUGUCGAUGCCAAACAACCACCUUCAUUACCCACUCGAUUUCAUUCUAAUUUUCAUCAAGACUAUCUUUCUAAAUCUACACCAGCCGAAACUCCCUUCAUAUUUAAUAAUACUCAUAAUAACAGCACCAAUAACCACAACAACAAUAGCAUUUCAUCUCAUAUUAAUUCACCCACUGCCACUACUUCAACAGGUUUGAGUAGAGUUAUGGAGGAGUUAUUUAUUCAUCAAUCCAUGUCCACCCCUUUGACUUCACCUCUAUCACCCACCACGAGCUAUCGUAGUCUAGGCGGUAUGUUGGUAGGCAGUUCCAACCCCGCCGAUCAAAACCCACCUUGCAAUACGCUGUAUGUUGGCAACUUGCCUCCAAACACCAACGAGGAUGAGUUGAAGUCCAUGUUUUACAAGUGUCCUGGCUAUAAAAGACUAUCGUUUCGAAAUAAAUCAAAUGGUCCCAUGUGCUUUGUUGAGUUUGAAGAUGCCAUUUAUGCUGCUCAGGCUUUACAAGAUCUCCAUGGCAACCCACUUUCCAAUUCUGUCAAAGGCGGCAUUCGACUCUCAUUUAGCAAGAAUCCUUUGGGUGUGCGCCAGAAUAAUACUAAUAAUACACCGUAUCCAAUAAUGUUUAAUAGAAGGUCAAGUAUUACGACCAAUUUUGAUCCUCAACUUUCGUAAAUCCCCCCACACCUAUAUAUCAUAAUAAAUAAUUAUAACAUUUUUUUUUCUUU